GCUCUGAGUGUGGCGUCGGGAAUGGCUGCUCACAUUAAACAGCGUUAGCUAAGGCUUUAAAUGAGGAAAAACACGGCAUUGUUUGCUUUAAUUCUCCAAACUAUCGACCGGCAGCUGCUGGGAGCGCAUGAGGAGGACUUAACAGAUUUAGUGUGAUUUACAAACCGUUGCCAACCGAGCAGGUUGAUGAAUGAAGCCAUAAAGCGGGAGAGGGAAGCUGGGCAGCUAACUGCUAAGCGCUAGCUAACGCUAUCAGUCUCAGUAACGUCUGCUCAGCCUGUUUGUUUGCGGUUUUCGUUCAUUUGUUUGUGGUUUUUGUUUAUUUGUUUGUUUACACGUCUACAGUCGUUCCUCUGUGACUGUAUGUGCGCCGAGCUGCUCAGUUUGCUGUUGUGAACUCGUAAAGGAAAGCUAGUCAGCUGUCGUUAGCGCCGCAGCCUCGCUGUCUUGUUUAUUUGUCCGUCUCUGUGCCUGAGAGUGUAACCGAGCUGCUCGGCUCCCUUUCCGUGAUUAUACCCGUUAGCGGCUCUCCGCGACCCCGAUGCCCGAGCGCGGCCCCAGGAUGAGCGGCUUCUCCCUCGGCGAGCUGUGCUGGCUCUUCUGCUGCCCGCCGUGUCCGAGCCGCAUCGCGGCCAAGCUCGCCUUUCUGCCGCCCCAGCCCACCUACUCGGUGCGCGCGGCCGCGGACGGCUCAUGCAGCCUACACCUCACCGAGCGCGCGGACUGGCAGUACACGCAGCGCGAGCUGGACGCCGUGGAGGUGUUCAGCACGCGCACCAGCCGGGGGAACCGCGUGGGCUGCAUGUUCGUGCGUUGCGCACCGGGCAGCCGGUACACGGUGCUGUUCUCGCACGGAAACGCCGUGGACCUCGGCCAAAUGUGCAGCUUCUACAUCGGCCUGGGCUCGCGCAUCAACUGCAACGUCUUCUCCUACGACUACUCUGGUUACGGAGUGAGCACCGGGAAGCCCAGCGAGAAGAACCUGUACGCGGACAUCGAGGCGGCCUGGCAGGUCCUCAGGACGAAGUAUGGCAUGACCCCAGAGAAUAUUAUCCUGUAUGGGCAGAGCAUUGGCACGGUGCCCACAGUGGACCUGGCCGCCCGGUAUGAGUGUGCAGCGGUCAUCCUGCACUCUCCCCUCAUGUCUGGCCUGCGCGUGGCCUUCCCUGACACGCGCAAGACCUACUGCUUCGACGCCUUCCCCAGGUCCAGUCACACUUGGAUUUGGCAGCAAAGUUUCAUCAGCAAAAUGACAUUUGUUUCAGUGGAAUUCACAGCACUGGGCAGUUUUGCACCACAGACGUCCGCAUCGACAAAGUCUCGAAGGUGGCCUCCCCAGUUCUGGUCAUUCACGGCACGGAGGACGAGGUCAUCGAUUUCUCCCACGGUUUGGCCAUCUACGAGCGCUGCCCACGCGCUGUGGAGCCGCUGUGGGUGGAGGGCGCCGGGCACAACGACAUCGAGCUGUACGCUCAGUAUCUGGAGAGACUGAAGCAGUUCAUCUCCUUUGAGCUGGCUACCUCCUGAGCUGCACCAUCAAGACCAAGGCACAUGUUCUGAUGAGCUUCUCUGUAACCAGGGCUGAGGAGCACCAUCAAGUAUUUGCACUUGCUGAGACAAAACCAUCUGAACUCUUCUUCUCUUCAAGGCUCUGCGGUGGUAUUAUUAAAGAACGGGGCCUUUCCAUCUCUACAGGGGGGAGAAUGUUUUACAGUUUUGCUGAUUUUGAUUAACCUUGUAUUCUUUUCUACCUGAUGAAAAUUUCAAGUUUUUUGCACCACAGACUUUAUGUAUUUUGUGUUUUGAAUUGUUUAGCUGA